AUGGCGGUCCGUUCCUCAAGAAAAAAGACGGAAGAAGAUAAGAAAACCAAUGAAGAAAAUGAAGCAAAGUUAAGAGCCCAGGAGCAAGAAAACGAAAGACUUAGGAAAGAAAAAGAACGAAAACGCAUAAAAGAGCUGCAAGAAAAAGAGGAAUUAAAACAACGCGCUGAUGAGCUGAAGGAGACUAGAACAAUACUAAAUGAACAUAGACUUCGUUUACAACAAAUUGAAUUAGAAUGCAGAAAUGAUUAUGCAUGGAAAAGAUAUUUUCGUUGUGAUGGUUCACCAAAUCCAAGUAUUGAAAAAGAAAUUAAUACAUUUAUGAGUUUAUGGGAUUUAAAUGAACAACGUACAUCUAUGGAAGAUGUAAUGGAUGAUUGUGUUGAAAGUUUAAAGCUUAUAGAUGAAUUGAGUAAGCUGAUUUCAGAAUUAGGUGAUAAUGAAGAAGACAAUAAAAUGCGUAUAAAAUAUGAACAAACACAACAUGAACUUAGACAACAGGUGCACAGUAAACUAGACCGUGCUACAGUUGAAACCUUAUCAAGAGCUGUUCAUUAUGCAGAUCGUGAAACAUCAAAUUUACAAAAAAUUUGGUAUAAUAAUUGGAUUGUAAUGUGUAUAUGGGGGAAUUUAUCUAAGAAUCCAAGAAUACGAAAUUUCACAUUUCCUGAUGUUGAUAUCACCUUCGAUAUACCAAAGGCGCUGACACUUUCAGAUUGUGCAUUUCUCAUCACUUUUAUGAAAUUCGAUAAUUAUUCUGUGGAAUGUCAAUCAUAUUAUCCGUAUAAAAAGCCUAAAUCAAAUGAAUUUAACUCUUUAGUUAUGAAAUCAACAAAUUCUGAAGAAAUUAUACAACAUGACAGUACUCUGCCUAUUGAUGGUGAUUAUCAAUUAAGUGAAACACAGAAAAAAGAAGAAGAUUUAUUCCUUGACGAUGAAGAACAAGUCACUGAAGUAGAAGAAAUUAUUGAAAUACCUCUAGAAGAUCGAAUCCCUACACCAGAGCCUGAUGAAUGGAUGACAGUCAGCAUGGAAGAGGAUGCUGUUGAUUUAGGCAAUUAUCAUGUAGUCGGGGGUGUAAUCCGUUUCGAUCUUGUCACAUUACCACGACAACCAAAAUCUGGAAGAGGAUGGACUAUAACCACAUGUGUAAAACCACCAAAACUUCGUCCAUUCGAAUAUGUAGUUGACGAAUUUCCUAAGGCUUUUGAAUCAAUAGCCUUAGAAUUAAAAACUGAAGGUGAAUCAACAAUUGGCGAAAUGGUACGUAAACAAGGGAAGGAUAGAAAACCUCCAGUUCAAGUGAAAAUACGUCUGCCAAAAUGUAUCAUCUUAGCGGAAGAUCCAGUUCUAGCCAGAUGGGAUCCAGAGAAAUCUCAAUGGCAAGACGAUAAUACAAUAUUAUUUCGCACAAGUGUAUUCGGUACAAUGGCAAUAUUUCAAGAUUAUCAUAUUAAUAUGCCAUUUCAAUGUUGGGAAUUACGUCCAUUGCCGCUACGAAUUGGUAAACUGACUGAUGCACAGAAUUCCACUACACCAGUUACAAAUGAUUUGCCUGCAAAUAAUUUAGAGGCUACACUUACUGCUGUCCCAACGGCUACAACAAUUGGUCAACAUCAACACCCCUACCAACAACAACAACAACAACAACAGCAACAACAACAACCAUCUUCAAUGUAUAAAUCGAAUUUACCAACAUUGAAAACUACUAAUACUGUCGACAAUAUCAAAGAUAAAGAAGUUUCUAUUGUCAGUAUACCUGAAGCAUUAACAACCGACUAUAUAAAAGAUGGCCAGAUGGAUAGUACAAAAGAACACAUGAUUCUUGGUCCAGUAACAACAAUUGGCUUGUCAAAUGAAGCUUAUCUCUCUGAAUUAUCCAAUACAAAUCAAUGCCUGCUGACAAUCACUGGUGGUGUCAUCGAAAUACGCCUACAUAUUCUAGGGGAUAGAAUCGCUAUCCUUCCAAGUAUUCCAGAAGGCAUGACACGUACAGAAGUUGAUUCACCGUUAACUGGUGGAGCAACACCAUCAACAGCAACAGCGGCAGCGUCAUCAGCUACAAGUGUAGUCGGAGGCGGCGUUGGCGUCGGUGGAAGUGUCAGUGUUGGUGGAGUUACAGGACCUUCUGUUGGUACAGGAUCAGGUAGUGUAAGUGCAGCUGCAGGUGGAAGUGAAACAGAACAGAAUGGAGCAGAUUUAUUAAACCAUACAAAGCGUGAAUUAAAUCAUCUGUGGGGGAAAUGGUAUACAGUAGAUGAAUUGAUCACAGUGCUACAGCUGUCUGGUGUCAAUUUAUUCCCUAGAGAAGAUUCAGUCAGUCGGAUUGAAUGUCUUAAAAAGAAUCCUUUAAUUGAAGAAUCGUUAUAUGAGAAUAUGGCACUGUUAAGUCCAUCAGUAGCAUUUGGUUGGUCGCGAUGGAAUUCAGAAUGUCAUGAUCACAGUACAAUUGUUUUAACAGCUGUUGAACAUGUGGACAAUGAAGAAUCAGUGGAUGAGGAAUCAUGGAAAGUUUACAGUGUGACAAGACGAAAAGUUUUACAGCUGAAAAUGAAGGAAUACGAUGAACAAUAUAAUCCUAUGCCGAAUUCAAGUCAACAGUUCCAUGCUGAUUUUUACCACAUGUAUUUUGAUUUCGGAUCUGAGGAAGGCAAACGAAGAGUUGAACAAAUCGAUUUAAAAUACUUUAAAACUGUAAAGAAAUUACUGCAAGCUACUCGACUACUAGUGUUCUCAUAA